AUGCUGGGACACAACAUUCUGACUCUUGGCGCCUGCGAUGCACUGGACAAUCAUAUCGUAAUGUGUAGCACUGGUCUUCUGUCGCAACACGAGGAUUUCAACAAUGGUUAGUCUAUCUUCUUUCACUUUUUCUUGCAACUUGAGAAGACGAACAGUAUCUGUCUCCCCCGCACUCUCGACUUUACUUUCCAUGUUUUUUCUUCCUCCUGUCGCUUUUGAACUUCCACCGCCUUGCCUAUAUUACAGUGGCCUUUGUCGCUUAUCAAUUUCUUCUCUCUCCCUCUCCCUAUUCCAACUUCUUUUCCUUAGUUUGACCGUCUUUCGCGCCCUUUUGUGACUCAGUUUUACACUUUCGCCCGAGGUCAAUCACACCUGUUCACUUUGUUCUUUUUCGGGUUCUAUCCUCGCACUCAACACCCUCUCCGGGAAAAAACAACAUAUUUUCGCUACUUAGCCGUGCUCAUCUGGAAAUUUGAUAUUUUAAUGGUCACACCUCUUUCCCGUGCGCAUCAUCCGCACCUUUAGCAGUUUAUGGUCGGGUGGCACACCUGCAAGCUGGCAAUGAGCAUUGAAUUACCGUUAGGUUCGUUAUCCUCUAUCCUGGCCUCCCCCCUCUCUCUCUCUCUCUCAUUUGUCCCGAAGCCAAUACGAACAGGCUUAUACGGGAUGGUGACAUGAAGAAGCAGAAGCAGAAGAAGAAGAAGAAGCGGGAGGGAAGAAAGCAUAUGUGUCAAGAAUAAGAAUCAACCCUUGACGGCGCUAUAUGAAACAAGUUGAAUUAUUUAUUACAGUUAAUGCAGGCCAUCCGAAUAGCGAAGAAGCCAUUUGUUCGUUUUGUGACAAGGAAAUAAGAGACCGAUUUGUUUCCAAAGUCAACGGAAGGUAUUCAGUGAAGUACAUAGGGGUCUGCGGCAAUUUACUGUUUUUCAGAUGCUACCAUGCGUCAUGUUUACGGUGCUCGACUUGCAAGGACGAGCUGGGAACAACAUGCUUUUUGCGCGACGACUCGAUGUAUUGUCGGACACACUUCUACAAGUACGACACGUGUUUCUUUCUAUCUUUCUUCUGUACAAAACAUUUCAUUUUUGCAGGAAAUAUGGCACAAAAUGCGCGGCUUGUACCGAGGGGAUUAUUCCGGAUCAUGUCGUUCGGAAAGCGUCAGGACAUAUCUAUCACGUUGAGUGUUUCACCUGCUUCAUAUGUAAACGGUUAGUUGCGUAGGAUUCUAGGAUUCUAAGGUAAAUUCUAUUUCAGGCAGCUUGAAACCGGCGAAGAGUUCUACCUGAUCGCUGAUGAUGCUCGGCUCGUGUGCAAAGACGAUUACGAACAAGCGAGAGAUAAACGUAAGUGCUUCCCAAGCCCCAAUCAACUCAAUGACCUCCUCAACACACUCCCAAAGUAGGCGAUCUUCCAGAAUCCGCCGAAAGUGAGGGAGACAAUAGUAACAAGCGACCGAGAACGACGAUCUCUGCUAAAAGUUUGGAAACUUUGAAGCAAGUGAGUCAAGCCUCCCUCUAUUAUCACCUUCUCCCGUCCUCCCGCUCUCCACUUCUUUUCCGUGGUCCAGUCAUAAAAUGAAAAGAAAUCAUGUUGUGUAAUGCUGUGCGGAUUGACGAGAGUGGGGGCGCGGCAGCAAAAACCGCAACACGUCCACGUCUCGCAGACGCGAGCAGAAUGGGGUGUAAUAAAAUACAAUAGAAAUGUCAAGAUUUCUAUUUCAUUAAAACUGUGAAGCUCCACGCUCGAUUUUCAGGCCUACCAAACAAGCAGCAAACCGGCUCGUCACGUGAGGGAGCAACUCGCAUCCGAAACUGGAUUGGAUAUGAGAGUUGUGCAGGUCUGAAUCUAAAAAUCCUCAGGUGGGAGGUGUGUGUCUCUUCCAGGUGUGGUUUCAAAAUCGAAGGGCAAAAGAGAAGCGGCUCAAGAAAGACGCAGGACGUCGUUGGAAGUCAUCGAACCGCGCGGACAGCGAUAGCAACUCACCUAUCGAGAGUCUAAACGGCCAAAGCCCUAAUUAUUGUGAGAAAUAUCACGCAAAACCCCCCGGCUAAUCCUUCAUACCUUCUAGUGUACCUGGACCACACGAUCGACGACGGAAAUGAAAGUAAUUAUAUGUAUCAAUCGAGGGAGCAAACACCCGAUAAAUGUGAGGGUUAAUGGUUGAGGGGGGUGGGCAUGGAACAGUUUCUUUUUCCAGUUUUCCGCAACGAUACACCGUCCUCAGAGCCUCCACUGCAACAUCUGACCACUCCAGGACUAGGGGUGCUCUCGACGGUUUUUCCGGCACCACUUCCGCUUCCAAUGUCCACGAACGUUUAUGAUAUUCACCAGACUGAUAGACAUCUCAUCACGCACAUGGGCACACAGUUCAUUUGA